GCUCCGCCUCUGUCUCGCGCUGCCCGGUGAGGCUGUGACUGAGGCGAAUUUGCUCUCGGAGCGUCUCUAUCCUCAUAUUGCCCGUUUUCGCCGUUCGCAGUGUGUCGCCAUGGCUUCGCUGCCCGUGAUCGUGGUCCACGGAGGAGCCGGGAAUAUCCCAAGAGCGCGCGAGAGCAUGUCGAGUGCGGGGGUGCGUGAAGCGGCCAAGGCGGGAUACGUGUGUCUGCAAGCCGGGGGCAGCGCCAUGGAUGCCGUCGUCGAGGCAGUGACCCUCCUGGAGAACAAUCCAACGUUCAACGCAGGUCGCGGUUCUGUGCUCACCCAGAAAGGAACCGUGGAGAUGGACGCCAUCGUGAUGGACGGCCGCACACUGGCCAGUGGAGCAGUGUCUGCUGUAAGGAGGAUUGCGAAUCCCGUACAGCUUGCCCGGCUCGUCAUGGACAAGACCAGUCACCUGUGCCUGACAGCUGAAGGAGCGUCGCAGUUCGCCAGGAACAUGGGCAUCCCGGAGGUGCAAGAGGAGUCUCUGAUCACCGAGUACUCAAUUAUGCGCUGGAGAAAGAAUCUGAGCCCUGACGCAAACCCCGUGGAGAGUCACAUGGGGAAGAUGGGCACAGUCGGAGCUGUUGCUGUGGACCUGCAGGGCAACAUUGCAUGUGCCACCUCCACGGGGGGUAUGCUCAACAAGAUGGAGGGUCGCGUGGGCGACACACCCUGCAUUGGGUGCGGUGCUUACGCUGACAACAAGCUGGGGGCAGUGUCUCCCACAGGGCAUGGAGAAGCAAUCAUGAAGGUCACUCUGUCCAGACUGAUCUUGUUUUACAUGGAACAAGGGAAGUCAGUCAGGGAGGCGGCAGACAUGGGCCUGGCCUACAUGUGGGACCGUGUUCAGGGACGAGGGGGCGUGGUGGUGGUGGACCCCAAGGGCGAGUGGGUGGCACGGUUCAACAGCCUGCAGAUGGCGUGGGCGGCAGCGCAGGGGGGCCAGCUCCACUACGGGAUGUAUGGUGAGGAGCAUUUCACCAGGGACAUCCAGGAACAGAAGGAGCCGGAGCCGCAAUCCCAGGAGGCACACUCACCUACGCGUUCCACAGACACACACACCGACACACAGUGACCAUUAGCAGUGUUUGAAGGUUUUGUUCCACAUCAGUUGAGCACUGUGUGUGUCUGUGUAUGAGAGAGAGACAGAAUGACACUGUAAUUUUCAUGUGUUAAAAUUAGCUUCCAGCGUUCAAUCGUUUUGCAGAAUUGGCUGUUUCCACUGGAACAGCUCAGGGCACAAACCUUCACUGAGGGUACAGCAACAGGAGCAGCAGAAGGUGGGGACUGAGCCAGUAACCAUCUGGUUACAUAUCCAUGACCUUAACCAGUACGCUCCCUGUUGUUACAUGAUGCCAGUUAUUGAUGUAGCUUAAAUAGGCACUGAACAUAUACAGUGAAAAGGGAAAGAUGAAGACUUAAUGAACAGUUACUGGCAAUAAAUGCUUUUGUGCUGAGUGAGAAAGGGAGAGGUGUACAGUGCUGCUUCAAAGUAUAUCAACUGCUUGUGUCCCUUAGAUGUACCACACAGUCCUUUUUAGUUAUUCCAUAUGUAGCUUUGGAGGAAAUUGUUAAACAUGGAAGUAGUGCAGGUAUAUAAAUCAUGAACUUAAACUAAUCAUUUAUCCUUUUUAUUAUAACAUUUUAUGCAAAAAUAGUGACUGUCCCCGUAGGGUUCACAGACUUUGUAGCAUAAUUGUGGUUGGUGUGGUGCAGGUUGCGGAAGUCAGUCUCUGCCACCCACCUUUCUCUACAGAUAAUACCAUAGCAUUCAUUUUCUUUUGAAACCAGUUACUGUAUAAUAAAAUUAUGUUGAAAUUGUUUCACCGCAA